CAAUAAGGGUUCAAGGGGGCGGGGCAGAGAUCGUGUUUCUCGUUUCCAAGGAUACGCACAAGGUGGCGAUCAAUUCGCCGUUUUAGGCGUAAGAUUCUCACAAAGUAGGUUAUCUCGUAGAAGUUACGGCAUCAGAUAUAUUACAGAAUUUAGUUUUUAUUGUUGUGUUGCCACUUUAGACUCACUUAUUAGUUGGUUGUCUUGUUUCCAUUUUUUUCCCUUUUUUUUCUUUUUUUUAAGUUUCAUUUUUGUGGCCGCGCCAUCUUCAAUUAUAACGACAACAACAAAAAAGAUGGAACUGUUGGACUUUCGCAAUCGAGAUUUGAGUAUCUGAUGCUGUAGUGUAGCUGUCCCAGUGCAUAUUUGUUUGGAGGAAGAAGAAUGAUGAGUACCAUCUCAAGAACACCAUCCCUACUGUGAAGCAUGUCUUGUAUAGAAUCAGACACUUGAAUGCUGAAGUGGUGAAACAGUUCAGUCCACUAUGGAUGAUGUUAAUACAGAUUCGCCAGAAACUGAGGAUCUAAGCAAAGACUAUGAAAACUAUUCUGAAACAAAGGAAAAUCUGCUGGCCAGGAUGGAGGAGAUUCGCAGCACUAUCAAAGAGAUGAUCCUGGAAAAUGAGACAGUUCCGGAAAUCGAGCGACUUGAGCUGAAGGAGUUCAACGUAGACGACCAGAGACAAAAGAUGCACGAUGCCACGAUGGAGGAGGAAGUUUCCAGGGUGAGAGAUCGAAUUGAGAUGGAGAUUUUGGAGAGAUGCUACAAGCGUGAUCUCAUCAAGAGAGAUUGCUGGGAUUCUCUGAAAGUUAAAGACAGAGCUGUAAAGGCCUUCCACACUGAGCACGAGGUGACAAACUACCCUCUCAAAGAGCGACCACAAUCAGAGUUGGACGCCCUUAAAAGAGUUGAAAAUAAGAGAAAGGAAGAACUGGCUCAAGAGUAUGAGGAUCUGUCUGAGGCCCAGAGCAGCGUAGCAAGCAGCUAUUCUGCCGAGCUUGGUCUAACACACCCUCAACUCUACGACCAGUUUAGCCUGCAUACAACCGAGCAGAAGAUGAACCAGAUUGUCCUGCUUCAGGAUGUUAUCUACAGAAUCAAGGUAGCGCUCAACACCCAGUUCGAUAAGGUGUACAAGCAAAAGGGGCAGGAGAUCAACCGCGUCAAAGAGAGGAACAAGCAAGUGAAGGAGCUCCUAGACGAACUGGAGGUCAACGAGGAGCUGUGGGAGCCCGUCCUGAAUGAUAGAGAGGUGCCCGAGAGGGUGUUUAUCGUGAAAGACUCCGAGAUAAAGGCCGAAAAGUACCUCACCCCAGAACAGGAGAAGGAAGAGGAAAGAAAGAGACUCGAGGAGCAAAAGCGCUUGGCUGCCAAGAGUGACAAUGUACGCGAAAGGGCUCUUGAUGACAUGAUGGACGGAGUUCUUGAAGUGAAAAAAGAAAGUCUGUUGAAAGCGGAAGUCCCCGAGCCGGAGUUUAUUCAGGGCAAACCGAACAACGAGUGGACCGAUGAGGAGAAAAAGCAAUUUAAAGAAUAUGAAAAGAAAGUCAAAGAGUUCGCCACAGAGAAGGAGAAGUACAGAAAAUCGCUGGAAAAUGAAAUCAAAGGCCUUCAGAAACUUACUAAAGAAGCCACUGAGCGCUUUGAUGAAGGUUUGAAAAAACUCUUUGAGAGGAAAAUUAAGUCAGACAUGGCCAUAUGUCAGGAAGAACUGAAGAUUAAAAUUCUUAAUUAUUCCGUGCUAAUGGAAGAGGUGUUAGGGAAUGAAGAAAAGGAACUUGUGCAAAAAUUUAAGAAAAUGUCUGUAAGGAAGAAAAAAAUGGAGGAAGAUCUGCAGAAGUUUGAAAAGGAAUGCACAUUGUUCCAGGAGAGCCAUGAAAACAUUGUAGCAGACGAUAAAAAUCAGGACAAAGACUUCCGGAAGGAGUUCAGUAAUUUACACAAAGCCCAUGUCGAUCAGCUGUAUAAAUUGUUCAAGCGAAGACCUAGAGGCCACAAGAGUAACGCCAUGGAUGAGUUGGAUUCUCAGAAGAACAUGCCAGAGGGACUGAACCUGCCGGUGUGGGAGAAAUUUUGUCAAAUCCGCAGAACAAAAAUAGACACUGAGCAUCAGAUCAAAUCUACAGCAGCCACUCUGGCUGAGAUGAUAGCGAGUUUGCAAAAAAGGCGAGAAGAUGACCUUGCUGCUGAAAAGGACAUCGAACAACUUGCUCUAAAACUUGAAAACCUGCGUGAAGAAAAAGAGAACUUCUUGACAGAUAUCCCAGUCCAGUUCCUGCUUAAACAGGGCCAAGUGGAAGUGACCAACAUGGAUCUUAUCCCCGACUACAGCGAUUCGAUUCUUCUCGAUAGGAGCAAAGUGGAAGAACUCAACCAGACCAUCCGGACCCUUGGUGAGCAGAAGAUAGCCACAAUGGUGCAGACUAAAGACUUCCGUAAGGGAAUCAUCCAGGUGGAGUGGGACAACACCAUGAGGAGGAUGCAGAUUGAGGACCUCAAGAACAAAGAACGGGACAUUCAGAAAAUGCGUCUCACAGAGGAUCACAAAGAAUAUCUCAAAUCAGACGGUGACAAUCGUGUGUGCAAGCAGACCGUAUCUAUGAAGGAGACUCAGGCCUUGCAACUUAAGAAUUAUCAAAAGGACGUAAAAUAUCGCAAGCAAAAAAUCCGACACAUCCAAGGUCAAGUGGCCUAUAGGGAAAAGAAGAAUGACGCUUUGGACAAGCAAGUCCAGGACAUGCACGUGACGGUGUCGCAGAUGAGACACAUCUACGAAGCCUCAGCUACGGAAGAAAAUGAGGCUGUUAACACCGAGCAGCGUUACCAAGAGCUCCUGCUAGUACAGCGUUUGAAGGACACCGCCACAUACCAGAUGGAGAAGUUAGCGUUCCUCACUGCAGAGAUGCAACGUUUGAAGAUGAGAAAUGUCCCUUCUCUGACGCAGAUUAAAUACAAAUGAAGGCAAACAGGUUUUAUUUACAUUUAUCUUAAAUCAACGUUUGCCUUAUAUUAACUUGGCAACAAAUAAAGAACUUUACA